AUGCAAGACGAGUGUUCUGAACCGAGGAGGAACUUCGAGCGGAGGCCUACGAAAGUACUGAAGAUAGCGGAGAGUUUUACAAACUUAGACGAGACAGCCAAGGCUGGUCGAUUUGUGAGGGGUCCGAACUCAAAGUUCGGGAGGAGGUUUCAGGAGAAUGGCGCGCGGAGUAGACACGGGUGUUGUGAUGAUGAGUGUGCGGAGUCAAGUGUCAGUGAUGGUGAGAAACUCGGUGAUCGCAGAGUGACCGGGUCCUCGUGCACAGCGCUAAGGACCGCGGUCGCUGCUCUGUACCCCUUCGACGACUUUAUACUGGAGAAGAUUGGUGCUGGCUUCUUCUCAGAAGUAUUCAAAUAUUCAAUUUUGUUAGUAAACAAUUGGUGA